GUUUGAUACACAUUUCUUAGUAGUAGGUGUUAACGGGUCGGUAACUUGUACGAUAGUUUUGUGAUUUAUUUCGGAAGCAGAGUCGACUGUUUUAGCACUUUUGUAUGAUGAGUUUUGCUCUGAAUUUAGAGUGGCUCUCUCAGUCAGUGCUUGGCACAUGAAUGUUCUGGUGACUGAUAUAUUUUCUUUUUUUUUUCUCUGCGGAAUAUAUGUAAUCACCAAUGUUUUCAGCAUAGUAUGCGGUCAGGAUUUUCCAUAUUCAUACUAAAACGUUUCUAAUACGUAACUAAAAUAUGCGCCUUUUUGCAGAAAUAUAUUUUGGAAAGCUGAAAGCGGAGUUAUUAUUGAUAUCACACACUAUGCGUUUGCACUUUACCUGAGGGAUGUGAAACGGAAUGCUUUUUUUUCCCUUUCGGAUAGUUUUAUUUUAUUUGUUUACUAGAAAGUGCCGGUGAGGAAACUGUUCUGAGGCCUGCCAGGGGAUUUUUUGGGGACAUAAAACGAGUAAAGGAAUUUGUAGACUGACAUUUGCCAUGGCACUUUUUAAGGAAUAUAUACUACUAUCUUUUUGUGGAAGCGCGUCUUAUUUAUAUGGAGAAUUGAGAAUACCGUUGUAGAACAGCACUUUAGCCAAAUUCACAACCACCGUUAUACUUGAAGGCAGGAACUUUUGAUUGUCAAACGAACAGCAUAAACAUCACCAUGGAAGUGAUCAACUUGGUGAAUACUAGUUUGGUUCUUACAACAGUGAAUCCAGAGCCCCUGCGACCGGCAGUACCUCCGUCCGUAACACUGGGUCUUACAGUCCUUUACACUGUCUUGUACGCACUGCUUUUUGUAUUUGUUUAUGUGCAGUUGUGGCUGGUACUGCACUACAGACACAAGAAAUUAAGCUACCAGACUGUCUUUCUUUCUCUUUGUCUUCUUUGGGCAGCACUGAGGACUACACUGUUUUCGUUUUAUUUCAAAGACUGCGUGAAAGCAAACAAUUUAGACCCCUUCUUAUUUUGGCUGUUGUACUGCUUUCCAGUGUGCUUGCAGUUUUUCACUCUGACGUUGAUGAACCUCUACUUUGCACAGGUGGUCUUCAAAGGCAAAGCGAAGUACAACCCAAUAAUGCACAAGAAAUUAUUGGCUGCUCGUGUUGUAUUUCUAGCUCUAAGUGUGGUGUUCUUGCUUGUGAAUUUAACCUGUGCACUACUGGUAAGGAUUCAGAAAACUGAGAGCUGGGCCAUUGUUUUGGUGAGAGUAAUAAUUAAUGACUCCCUGUUCGUGCUAUGUGCCAUAUCACUGGUAUUUUUCCUGUACAACCUUGCAAGAACGUCUCCUACUUCCAAUAUUUAUCUGGAAGCAAAGGGCACAACCAUGUGGCAGACCACCAUUGUAGGAGCAGUUGUUAUACUUCUAUACACGAGCAGAGCCUGCUAUAACUUAGCAACACUGGCACUGGAAACUGGGAAAGGUGCAUUAGACUAUGACUGGUAUAAUGUUUCAGAUCAGGCAGAUCUAAUUAAGAAUCUGGGAGAUAAAGGUUAUGUGGUAUUUGGUAUCAUCUUGUUUAUUUGGGAGCUGUUGCCAACAGCUAUGUUGGUGGUGUUUUUCCGUGUGCGAAGGCCCCCUCAAGAACUGACUAGAAGUGGAAUUAUUAAUGGUCAGAACUUUGGCAGUCGCUCAUAUUUUUUUGAUAACCCUCAGCAGUUUGAAGAUGACAUUGGUACACAGUGGGUAUCUUCACAAGCAGAAAACAGCAGCUUGACUGAUAAUUUCCAUGAUAGCUGGUAUGGCACAACUGGGAGAAGCAGCAUUGAUCAUAACUGGUAUGCGCAUACUCAGACUGCACCACUGCUGUUUAACAAGAACAUUGUUCAAGACAGCCAUCAUCACAGCCUGUAUUCCACACCACAGACUUAAUGCCUUGUAGAUCAGUUUUCUUACAUAUCCUUUCUGCACUGAUCAGGCCUUACGGAAUUGGAUGAGUGUUGUCUCCAACUUUACUUCCUGUUCUGUGGCUGUAAUAAAGUACUGAUCCUGCUCUACAAUAUGGGUGACACUGCUUUCGCUACUGCAGAUUCAUGCAGACAAAAUGCAUUUUGCACCAUUCGAGUGAUCAAUACACAAAGGGGCCAGUAGAUGUUUGCAUUAUGGAUCAUGUCUUAAAUUAUCAGUGGGGGAAAACUACACUUCUAAUUUUUUCUCUUUGCAAUUUCUUUGGGACAGCAACGUCCUUUCAUAAGUUGCCUGCAGUUCUCUUUUACAGACGCUGUAGUCAUCUUUGCUUUAUUGGAUAACCUGUUAACUUCCAAGUAUGUUGUUGCAGUCAAUCAGCAAUACUAUAUUGCAUUUGCACAUUUGUUUAAUUGAAAUUACCUAGGACAGAAGUCCAUAUGGAAGAGAAAUGUUGUAUUCAUUUACUUGUCUGAGAAUUAAAAUUGUGAUGAGUGGAAAUAUAAAGUGUUACUUAAAUUGA